AUGAAGAGAUUUCUUCCGAAGCAGAAGAAGGAAGGCCAAAGGGAUGCCGCGGAGCCACAAGCUGCGUCUGGAAAUGCUUCAACUUGCUCCGAAAAUGAUUCUCUUCACGAUCUUCGACCCAUGUUCCAACAUGAGACUUCUGCGUUAACCAACGACUUACUGCUCAAUACGAAUCCAAGCAUUUAUGCGCCUUCUUCACGCACCGACGAUUCGGAAGGUGCAUCGAAGUCGCUUUUUUCAAGCAGACAGUCAUAUUCUACGAGACAGUCGUCUUACAUGUCUUCCAGAUCAAAGAAGAAUACGUCAGCCAACGAGAUGGGACCAGCUCUUCAGGUCUUCGAUAUACCAGAGGAUAAAGAUAGCGAGGGCUCACCCCAAGAGGCCCUUUCCGAGUUACUCCACGUUCUUUGGCAAGAUAUUUCGUACAUUCAGACACAGUACCUCAACUCCCUGCUAACUUUGUCCACUUGCGUUGUCCAUAUCAUUGACUGUCUUAAGGACUUCGUUGCUUUCACCGACAAGUUUGAAAGCGAUCAAGAAUGGAACUUCACUGCUUAUGAUAACAGUGACGUGAGAAGAGUGCUCAAGACCUAUCUUCACUUGUAUGACAAUUUAUUGAAAGACGAGGCUUACGUGAGACUUAGACUACUCUUGUGCAAGAACUUUAAUGAUUUUACUGCUUCAUUGAAGAGUUCAUCGAGGAGGACUGUCUCGGGGCAGAAUAUCGCCAAACCACAGAAUUUUGCUAUUGGUGCAAAUGAUGGUCGUCCUCUUCCUCGUCAAGAGGCUAUAUCUCGAAUCAUUGGGAGAAUUGCAAGCAGCUCAACAUAUAUCCAGGAACAGAAUGGUUCGUUCAUUGCUCCUAUAGCUCGAGGCACGUCUAAGGAUAUGAACGUGUUAUGCUUAUACUUUGGAUAUCCUAACCCAUCAGAGAAUCAUAAUAGUGUGAUCUCCAACAUUAACGAGCUUUACGAUGAUGUGCAUGUUUUAAUAGCAAAGAACAAGAUAGAAUUUGCGUCUACUGCUGCAUCGUCAUCUUCAGCGCAACUACCCGAAAGCCUGGUCCCUGCGUCUUUUGCCCCCAAUGUUCCCCGGUUCAAGUUACCCUUCAGAGUUCCAAGUGACUCCACUAGUCCCCCAUUGUCUCUCUCAGUUUCGACUGAGAGCGCGAGGAGGGUGUCCGGAACGAUAGGUGGUUUCAUAUACCCUAAAAUCGACAUUCAAAAGCAACCACAUCUUUCCUCAUAUGCAAAAUCAAAGUUUGCGAUAUCAUGUGGGCACGUCUGCUUAGACAAGAGAGAAGAGAUCGUCGAUUAUCCAUAUGUAUCGUCGCCAUCGUCUGUGCUUAUUGGUCUUUAUAAACAGGCUUUACAAGAUCAGUAUCAGAAAUGUGUCCGAAACGAGGGUGAUCAGUCAAUGCUCGAUUCUAAGGUAGCAUAUUCUUCUGUUUUGAAUCAACUUGAUGAAAUGUUCCCGGUUGGAAAAGUGAAAACGCUUGAUCCAAAAACUAAACAAGAAAAAGUCGAAACGAGAAACUUCCCAAAACACAGAUUCGGUCAAAUCAUAUGGGGUGAAAGAACUUUGAUCCAAGCUAAGAGAACAAAAGAUGGUCGCCAAUUAAAAGAAAAAAGACUUAGUGAUUUGGCUAUUAUUAAGGUCAACAAAUUACUCAAAUGCGACCAGAAUUAUCUCGGAGAUGAUAUCGCGUUUAACGAAUAUGAUCCUUCGUUGAUAUUUGAGAACCUUUAUGUCCGUAAAAUUAUUCUGCUCGGUCGCCUGGCGCGGGAUAUUUCUGAGAAUCUUAAUGAGGUCGAUUCCAUGGCGUCAACACAGUCAAUGGAUUCUGAUGGCAAUGUGACACACAGAGGAUUACCGGUGUUCAAAUAUGGAUCGACAACAAAGUUUACGAAAGGUUUCUUAAAUGGAAUUAAGCUUGUCUACUGGUUGGAUGGAGCUAUUCACUCGUCCGAAUUUGUUGUGAACUCUUGUGAAAACACAACUGCUUUCGCUGCUGGCGGCGAUAGCGGCUCGUGGAUCUUGACUAAGCUAGAAAACGUGAAAGGUCUGGCAAAGAAGGAAGGUUUAGGUGUUGUGGGAAUGCUUCAUUCGUACGAUGGUGAAUUUAGACAGUUCGGUCUUUUCACCCCAAUGACUGAAAUAUUAGACCGUUUGGCUGAAGUAACGAAAAUCCAAUGGGGAGUCGUCGGUGUUCAAGAAAAAGGAGGCGAAAUCAUUUCUAAUGACUCAGAUAGCGGAUCAGAACUCUCAAGCGACUCCGAAGAUGAUAGCGAAUACGAAGAUGGACUCGAAGAGCAAACGAAAGCACUUCAGAUUGAUUGA